GCAACCUAUGCCUGAAGCUGGGCCCUCGAACGCUCCUGAGCCUUCGCGGGAGCCUACGCCAGCAAGGGGUCGGAAGCGACAUCGCUCGCAGCCACAGCCCGCUCCUCCUGCCUCCACCCUUGUCGUCAACAGACGAAACCCGCCAGCCAGGUCACCGACGCCGCCCUCACGCGUCAUUAAGAGCACAUAUGGUGGCAACUUGUUUACUUCUGAAGACGUGCUUUACUUGAAGAAGUAUAUCGACUACUGCCAGGAGCAAGGUCUGGUCUUGAGCUUGCGUGAGAUUUGUGAACGGAUCGCUGUCAAAGCCCCUCAUCAUACAUUCUACUCGUGGCGUCGGUAUUGUAACAAGCACCAGAUCCGACUCGGAGGCUAUGCUAUGGAGCUGGACAACGACGAACACGAACAGACUCCAGUCGGCGACGGCGAGCCGCCGCCCCAGCAGCAGCAAGAAGAUCAACAAAUGCAUGAAGAGAUCCAGGAGGGCGUUCCGAUUGCAGAGAUACCCCACCAGCCUGCGCCGCCCGUCCCCGGUGUGCAUCCAGGCUCGGUCGCUGCUGCAAGGCAGCGUGCUGCGGCGGACAUUGAACGAACCAGAUCACCGACGCCGCCGAGGGCGCUGUUCCGCAGCACGACUGGGAAGGGAGUCGCAUUUACAGACGAGGAUGUUAUCUUCCUUGUUCGAUUCCUAGAGUACCGCACAAGACAGCAGGACGGCAAGAUUGACAUGGUGGCGUUCUGGAAGGAUGUGGCUACCAAGGCGCCGCAUCAUUCGCGUGCAUCUUGGAUGAAGUUUUACCGUCGCCACAAGCACGAACUCGAGCACAAAGAGGGAGACGACCCUCUGCCGCCCCCGCCUCCCAAGAAGAUGCGGUACACGAAGGCGGAUGACGUUCUGCUGGCUGGAUUCUUUGCGAAUAGGCCGGAGGGAACGACAGACAAGGUGUUCCAGGAGUUUGGUCGACUGCAUCCGCACCAUCCAUGGAAAGGCUGGCAGGAACACCACCGCAUUCACAAGGCAAAAAUCGAUCAUCUUAUAACUAAGUUGGCCAAUGGAGAAGACAUUGACGAGGCUGAAGAAGCAGAAUGAUUACUUUUCCGGCUUUUGCUAUAGUAUCUCUUUUGCUCAUCUCUUUAUCACUUUUUCGAAAAAGCUCACAAAAUGUCGAACGAGCUCCGCUAUAUCUUCGUCGUUUCGCUUUCUGCACACUACUCGUUUGAAA